CUUUUGAGUUGACACUAAAUUACUGAAAACCUUUGCCGUGAUCACAAAAGAAGCAACAAUGAAGUUGCUGAAGUACGGUCUGGUUCUUCCAUUGAUCAGUAUUUCCUUCAUUCCAGCCUAUCAGGGAGCGGAGAUUAUUGGAGGUCAUGAUGUUACACCACAUUCAAAACCCUAUAUGGCAUCUAUCCAAAUAUUUAGCAUGGGAAAGUAUCAUCAUAAUUGCGGAGGGGCUUUGAUCAGUCGUAACUGGGUGCUCACUGCAGCUCACUGUGAAAUAUCACGUAUUAAUGCAAAGCAACCACUUCGAGUGGUUCUUGGAGCACAUUCUCUUUUACAGGAUGAGAAUCAACAAAGUCUAUAUGUUCUCAACCAGGUUCCUUAUCCACAAUACAAAAGGCAAACUGCUCAAAAUGACAUCAUGCUGCUGAAACUUAAGGGAACAGCGACUCUGAACAAGUUUGUGAAUAUCCUGAAACUACCGAACUCAAAUAAGGAUGUGAAAAGUGGAACGAUUUGUAAUGUUGCAGGUUGGGGGUUUACCAAUAUUAUAACGCAGCAGACCCCAAAGGUGCUGCAAGAAGUAAAUGUAACUGUGGUAGACAGGAACCUGUGUUCUAAAUAUUACACCUACCAUCCUGCAAUAACAACAAACGUGCUCUGCGCUGGUGACAAGAAAGAAGAUAAAGAUUCCUGCACUGGGGAUUCAGGUGGUCCACUAUUAUGCAAAGGAAAUUUCAACGGAAUUGUUUCUUUCGGAUGCAGAUGUGGAAUACCCAAAAAACCAGGCGUUUAUACACGACUCUCAACAAAAUAUCUUUCCUGGAUUAAGAAGACCAUUUUAAAUUCAGAUUUUCAGUGAUGGUCCAAAUUGUUAUACUGCUUGCUGUGUAGUCUUAGAACCUAGUCAUGUGUUUCAGCAGAAAUUGUAUUAAA